AUGGUGUCUAGCAAGACCCUCGCCGUUGCGACGGCCCUUUCUACCCUUUCCGCCGUAUCGGCGUUCAAUCCCCAGUCCAAGACCAAUGUUGCCGUCUACUAUGGCCAAGGUUAUGAUCAGCCGCGGCUGAGAGAAUUCUGCCAGGACUCGGCCUUGGAUAUUAUCAACAUUGGCUUCAUCAACGAGUUUCCCGAGCAGAGUCCCAGCGGAUGGCCGGGCAGCAACUUUGGCAAUCAGUGCAAUGGUGAGACGUAUACGAUUGGUGGCUUGACUACCAAACUGCUGUCGGGAUGCCACCAGAUCGUCGAAGACAUCCCCAUCUGUCAGGCGGCUGGCAAGAAGGUGUUCUUGUCUCUCGGCGGUGCCUCUCCGGCUACUCAGCAGAUCCUGGAAGAGGAUACCGCCAUCGCCUUUGCCGACUUCCUUUGGUUGGCCUUUGGUCCGGUUAACCAGACCUGGGUGGACAUUGGCGGUCCUCGUCCCUUUGGCGACGUUGUCGUGGAUGGUUUCGACUUUGACAUUGAGCACAACGGAGGCUUCGGUUACGCCGACAUGGUCAACCGCUUCCGCGAACACUACGCCGAGGUCCCGGACCGCACCUUUUAUAUCUCGGGUGCUCCUCAGUGCCCCAUCCCCGACGCUCAGCUGAGUGACGCCAUCACCAACUCGCCUUUCGACUUUGUCUGGGUGCAGUUCUACAACAACCCCGGUUGCUCCGCGAUGGACUACGUCGAGGGCAACAAGCCGGGCUUCAACUACGACGCCUGGGUGAAGGUCAUCAAGCACAGUGCCAACCCCAACGCCAAGCUCUACGUGGGACUGCCGGCCAGUGAUACCGUGGUGAACCCGGGAUACUACCUGACCCCUGAAGAGGUCGAGCCCCUGGUGGAGGAGUACAUGAAGAAGUACCCGGAGACCUUUGGCGGUAUCAUGCUGUGGGAGGCCACUGCCUCGGAGAGAAACCAGAUCAACGGUGGCAGCUAUGCCGAUAGCAUGAAGAGCAUCCUGAACGGCUGUGCUCCUACCCCGUCGCCGACGCCCUCUCCUUCGAGCACUCCUAUCCCGUCCAGCACUCCUACCCCGUCGAGCACCCCUGUCUCCAGCACGACCACCACCACGUCCUCGAGCGCCGUCACCUCCUCCAGCAGUGUCGUUUCGUCAAGCAGCACGACCUCCAGCACCACCACCAGCACGCCCUCCAGCAGUGCCAUCCCCUCGAGCAGUGUCAUCCCCUCGAGCAGUGUCAUCCCCUCGAGCAGUGUCAUCCCCUCGAGCAGCCCCGUCACCACGCGCACUCCUACCUCGACUCCCGUCAUCCCGACGACCACCCGGACUCGCACCUCUUCCGUCCCAGUGAUCCCCACGACCACUCGUACCCCGACCCGGUCUCCCAGCUCUACUCCCACCAAGAGCCCCUCGGCCAGUGUCCCGGGCUCGAGCACCCCUGGAUCCAGUGCUCCGGUGCCGUCCAGCUCCAGCUCCACCUCUUGCACGGACACUACCACCGGUCAGACCACUAGCGCGACGACGACUUCGUCCAGCACGUCUGUGUCCUCGAGCUCCACCUCGUGCACUGACAGCACGACUUCUGGAAAUGUGAAGCCGACGACUACUUCCUCCGCACUGCCGUGUCCUCGAGCACCACGUGCACUGACAGCACGACUUCUGGCAAUGUGA